CUGCAGAAGGAGAGAGAGAGAGAGAUCAGGGAGCACUGACAACAACGGACAGCCUCACGCUGGAGAAGUCCGAAACGCCACAUUUUCUCCCUCUGUGAUCCGACAGUUUUCAGCUCCAACCUUCUGACUGCAUAUUUAUCUGCUCGUUUUUCUUUUCUCUCGCUGGCUUUGGGACUAUUUCUCACCCCGACGGCCUGAAAUGACAGGAUAGGAGCCUCGUCUAGCCAAUGCUUACUGCAGGGGCUUCUGUCUUGUGGAUUAUCCGUCGUCGCCGAGCCAAUCGCACAGUCGAGCCCGGAGGAGGCCCCGCUCUGCUGGAUGGAUGUGUGUGAGGCGGCGCGGUGGUAACGAUGCUGCUGCUCGGCUUUCAUCGGCACUGGGUCAACUGAUCUUGGAUGUCCGGGCUAUAUCGCCCCCCCUACACGAACCAUUUUCUCCCACAGCUACACUUUAAUUCAUUAAAAACUGGACGCCCCUGGAGCAGUUUAUGACGAGCCUGGUAGGAGCGUGAUGAGCGCGCGCUUCCGCUUGCCUGCUGGCAGAUCCUACAAUGUCCGGGCGACGGAGCUGGAGCGAGACAGGCAGCACACACAGGUUGUGUGCAACGUGCUGCUGCUGGACAACACUGUGCAGGCGUUCAAAGUCAACAAGUCUGAUCACGGCCAGGUGCUGCUGGACGCCGUGUUUAAGCACCUGGAGCUGACUGAGAGAGACUACUUUGGCCUGCACCUGGCUGAGGAUGGCUCAGAUGCACCACGCUGGCUGGAUCCCAAUAAGCCCAUCAGGAAACAGUUAAAAAGAGGGUCUCCACAUAACCUGAGCUUCAGAGUCAAAUUCUUUGUGACCGACCCGAGUAAACUUCAGGAAGAAUACACACGGUACCAGUAUUUCCUGCAGAUCAAACAAGAUAUUUUAACUGGAAGAUUACCUUGCCCUCACAACACAGCUGCACUGCUGGCAUCCUAUGCUGUUCAGUCUGAGUUGGGGGACUACAAUGAAGCUGAGCAUCCUCCUGGCUACCUGUCGGACUUCUGCUUCAUCCCAAACCCUCCACAGGACUUCCACAAAGAGGUCUCCAAACAUCACCAGCAGCACAGCGGUCUAUCUCCUGCCCAGUCGGAGUUUAAUUAUCUGAACACAGCACGCUCGCUGGAGCUCUAUGGGGUGGAGCUGCACUAUGCAAGGGACCAGAGCAACACAGAGAUUCUCAUUGGAGUGAUGUCUGCUGGCAUUGUGGUUUACAAGAACAGGGUACGAAUCAACUACUUUCCAUGGUUGAAAAUAGUGAAAAUCUCCUUCAAGUGCAAACAGUUUUUCAUCCAGCUGAGAAGAGAGGCGACGGAAACCCGGGAGACCCUGCUGGGCUUCAAUAUGGUCAACUACCGGGCGUGUAAGAACCUGUGGAAGGCCUGCGUGGAACACCACACUUUUUUCAGGCUGGAGCGGCCCAUACCGCCGCAGAAAAACUUCUUCGCUCACUACUUCAGCCUGGGCUCCAAGUUCAGAUACUGUGGGCGGACAGAAGUGCAGUCUGUGCAGUAUGGAAAGGAGAAGGGGAUCAAGGACAGAGUUUUUGCCAGCAGGUCUCCCAGCAAGCCACUGGCUAGGAAGUUAAUGGACGGGACUGACUGGGAGUCUGUAAGCAGGAACAGCCUAUCAGACGAGAGACUGGAAACGCAAAGCCUGCCCACACGCUCCCCACCUGGAACUCCUAACCAGAACUCUCUGUUUGUACAAGAUGGCACACGGCUACGCCCAUCGUCGGUCGGCCACCUGGUUGAUCACGUGAUCCACGCCUCUCCCAGCCUACCUGUCUUCUCCUCCAAUCACAAGUCGGCAUCAUCCACGCAGGCCAACAGCAUCAGCCUGGACUCGACACCGUCUCCUGAUGGGAUGGAUGGCCAACCUCCAGCUCUGCCCCCGAAGCAGCUGAGCAGGAAAACUCUGAGCCAGAUCAUCCAGGCUCACUCCCAGCAGAGCCUCCUGGACAACCACCUCAACGAGAUGUACGACGUUCCUGUGAACGCCGACAAAACCACGCUUAACGGCGUCGUUCCGCAUGAUAAUCUGGUUCUCAUCAAGAUGAGGCCGGAUGAACACGGACGCUUUGGCUUCAAUGUGAAGGGUGGAGCUGACCAGAAGAUGCCUAUCAUUGUCUCUAGAGUGGCUCCGGGUACCUCAGCCGACCUCUGCGUGCCUCGCCUUAACGAAGGCGACCAGGUGGUCCUUAUAAAUGGGCGGGACAUCUCUGACCACACUCAUGACCAGGUGGUAAUGUUCAUCAAAGCCAGCUGUGAAAGCCACUCUGGAGAGCUGAUCCUAUUGGUCAGGCCGAACGCAAUUUAUGAUGUAGUGGAAGAGAAGGUAGACUCUGAGCCAGAGUUUCAGUACAUCCCAGAGAAAUCCCUGCAGGAUCCCACCCAGCUUGACCAGCAUGCCUUGAAGGACUCCAUGAUGGCUUUAAAGGAAGGCCUGAGCAGUGGAGCCAUACUGGCUCAGUUUGAUCAACUGUACAGGAAGAGGCCGGGGAUGACCAUGCUGUGUGCCAAAUUACCUCAGAACGUUUCCAAAAAUCGCUACAGAGACAUCUCCCCAUAUGAUGCCACACGGGUCGUACUGAGAAGCGCGGACGACUACAUCAAUGCAAAUUACAUCAAUAUGGAGAUUCCUGCAUCCAGCCUGAUAAACCGCUACAUCGCAUGCCAGGGCCCACUGCCCAACACCUGCCCUGACUUCUGGCGCAUGACCUGGGAGCAGGGCUCAUCUAUGGUGGUCAUGCUGACCACACAGGUGGAGAGAGGGCGGGUGAAGUGUCAUCAGUACUGGCCCAACCCAGACAGCAGCACCUCCUACGGAGACUUCAAAGUCACGUGCCACAACGAAGAGGGCAACUCUGCCUUCCUGGUGCGAGAGAUGACGCUCACUCACACACAGAGUGAGCAGCAGAGAGAACUUACUCAGCUUCAGUACCUGGCUUGGCCCGACCACGGCGUUCCUGAUGACUCCACUGAUUUCCUGGACUUUGUAGCUCUGGUACGAAGCAAACGGGCUGGACAGGACCAGCCGAUGGUGGUACACUGCAGCGCUGGCAUUGGUCGAACAGGGGUUCUUAUCACCAUGGAGACUGCGCUGUGUCUCAUGGAGUGCGGUCAGCCUGUGCAUCCUCUAGAUAUUGUCAGAACCAUGAGAGAUCAGAGGGCAAUGAUGAUACAAACGCCUAGCCAGUAUCGCUUUGUGUGCGAGGCCAUCUUGAAAGUGUACGAGGAAGGUCUGUUUAAGCCUCAAGCACCAGCCGUCUACCAGCAUAAGGAAAAGCCUAGGGAGGAAAAGGCUGAGGAGGAGGAGGAGAAGAAGAAGAAAGAGGACAGAGAAGAGACUGAGAAAGUAGAGGACGAGGCAGAGGCGGCUGUGGUAGAGCUGCUGGAGGGAGGCCUGGACGAAGAGGACGAGGAUGACGAUGAGGAAGUGGAGGUGCUGGACGUGGGGGAAGUGACGGAAGAGGAGGAGGAGGAGGAGCCGAGCGUCGCCAGCUGCACCAGCGUGACAAGCGAGACCAGCGUGAAUCCAGAUCCGGAUCCUGUUCCUGCUGACCCUUGACCUAAGCGUGGAGGUCACCAGGACGAGGAGAAAACAGAAGCACUGUUGCACUUUAUGCUGACAAAAAUGGAAAAAAAUUGACAAACAGAAAUGAAAAUGAUGAACAAAAACGAGAAUUAAAGAAAUCCAGCUGUGUUGAAUAGGUACAGUGAUGCCGUGUUUUUAUAAUCAGGGUUAGAACAGGUGUAAAAAACAGUAAACAGUACGAAAAAAUCAAGUACGGAUUGGGAAAUCGCUGUAGUGCCAUAAGUCUAAAGGGGAAGGGCUGCCCAGUGGAUGAAAAGCUCCCCAACCGUUUUCUUUCUCUUUUUUUUCUUACCCAAAGGGUUGCCCUGUCCCCUUCUGAGCAAGUUUGCCAGGUGGACAUGCCUUUUUCUAAGUCCUUUUAUCUGAUAAAGAGAGAAAUCUUAUCUUUUGUUCCUCAGAGUAUUUAUUGUGUUUUUAGUUUGUGUCCAACCCUGUCCACUGAACAAAAAAGCUCUAUGUUCUGUUUGUUUGUAUGAGUGUAGGGCUUGAUGCUCUCCUGAUUCAAUCUUAGCUAGUGAUAUAGUGUUACUCCUGCUCUGUUCUGUUUUAUUUUUUGGCUUUUUGUGUGGCGGGGGGGACGCAGUGAUUUAAUUUAUUGUAUGUGGUUUGAUCUUUCUCCGCUUUCUUGUCUACGUUUCUGACAGCAUAGACUCACAGGUGGACAGCUGAAAGCACUUUCUGGUUUCUUUUCCUCCACGCAGUGGUGAGCUAGGUACUUACUCGCUCUCCAUGCUGUGGUUUUCGUAGCUUGGACACACACAUACACACAUACUCAUAGUUUGUAAUCCUCAGGGCCUUUGUUUACUGGAGAUCUCUGUUUCACUUUUGCAAAUAUUCCCAGCAGUAUUCUGUCAUCCAAUACAACUUAACAGGCUUAGACAAACAGAAAAACAGUUUCCACAACUAAAAUCUAAACUCAACACCUGGGAUCCCGUCUGUUUGGUGUUCCUGCUGAAGUGUCCUUGAGCCAGACACGAACAGUAAAGCCCUGUCUCAUUCCAGUAGACAUCUUCUAUCUGAUCAGAAUGAGUUUACAUCUCGGAUAUUUCCAUAUAUUUCAUGCUUUUGUUUGUUUGUUUCAGGGUCGGUUGAAGAGCUGCUACGAGUUUUAUGCAAUCAGUAUUUGCUGUUUUUUCUGUUGUGCUUCGACAGAAGGUGUUAUAAUUAGCUGAUUUAAGUCUUUAAAAAGCUCCUGAUGUGAAAAGUCUGAUCUGUGUUGAUCUGUGUCCUCCCUCAUAAAAACAAGCAAAAAAAACAACAAAAACAUCUUUUUUUUAUUAUUAUUAUUAGCUUUAUCCCUCAUACAGCCACAAACUUCAGUGUGUUUUGUUAUAUUUGAUCAGAUUAGACCAAAACAAAUGUGAUUGUAAAGCUGAAGGUAAAGGAUGCAUGGUUUUUUUUCACCGGGAUAUAGAUUGGUGAAAUGGGGCUUUUAUUUUCAGAGCAAAUACCAUCUGCUUCCUUUGCAGUUACUGCAGCAAGUAUUCUGGGUGUACGCCUCCAACUAUUUGCCCAUUUUCUUCUUUUUGAAACAACUGAAGCUCAGAGCGGAGGGGAGAGUCUAUGAUGAUCAUUUGUUAAGUUCUGACUCUGGUUCUGAAUUUGGAUUCACCUCCAGACUUUGACUGGACCAUUGUUGAGCAUUAAUGGGCUUUGAGAAGAAGCUCCAUUUGUGGAACAGAUUCUAUGUUUUUAAAAGUUUUUUCUUUGUGUGAAGGUAUUUAACUCCAUCCGUCUCCACAUCAGCUUUGUCCAGCCCCUUUUUUUUCUCUGCUUUGAACUAAACAUGCCCCUCAGCAUAAUGCUGCUACUGCCAUGUUUCACUAUGAGAAUGUUGUUUCUAGAAAUUAGGUUUUAUUUCACAUUCAGAAAAUGUUCAAAUUUUGCAGACAGGGCGUCUGAUGACAUUUCUUCAAUAGGCACCUCCUUGAUUUUAUUUUCAGAUAGUUCUCUAGGUUUUAAAACCAUGCACCGUUUGUAUUGUUCUAUCCUAUCAAAUACCAAAUGCACUGAGUUUGGUGGUUAUGAAUUGGACAGAAAAGAAAAAAAUUAGAACGUAGGAAUGUUUUAAGCUAGGUACUGUACGUCAUUUUCCCCUCUUUCCUUCUCUAUUCUGAUGUAUGCAUGAAGUUUUAACUGCAUCCAAAUCCAUUUCAGUUGAUAAAAUAUUUACUUUGUUUAAUCUUCCUUUUCAGAGUUGAAUCAUAAUUCUGGGGAUGAACAAAGAGCUGCCAUCCUCUUCCAGUUUUAUUUAUUUCUUAAGCUUUUCUCUAGUGUGUCACUCUCCCUCAGUCAUCUUCAUAGCCCACACAGCAUCCAUUCUCCUGUUUUUUUUCCCACCCUGAUGCCUCUCUUUUUGUUUCAUUGUACACAGAUCCCACUCUCUCUGCUUGGCCUCAAGGCAAAAGACGCAUCUGAGCAGAGUUUGGUGGGUCCAGAAGCACAGCUCAGUUUUAAACCAGGCAAUCGAUGACUUGCUGAGAAACUGGUUUUAACUGUUUCUGUUUCUGUUGAUGUGUGUGUAUGUGUGUGAGCUUAAAGCUGGCAAAUCAGCGUGAAAACAAACUGAACAAAAGCGGGAAAACCUCUAUAGAUUGAUGGGAGUCGUAAGUUUAUAACGUAAGUGGUAGCUGAAGGUACUGAUUGAUCCAAGUCUGGGAGAGACGACAUGUGGGGAGGUGUUUACGUUUGUUGUAUUUUUGUAGAAAAA